CUCCACUGUCAUUGCGCCACAGCAGCUAUUUGUUGAUAGUUUUGGGUUUCGGCGGUCGGAGUUGAUCUAUUUUUGUGUUUGAUUUCAAUUAAAUUCAUUACAGUUCUAGUGAUAUUCGAUCAGAAAUUCAGUGAAAACCAACGACUAUCAGCAACAUGGAGCACAUGAUAGUGAAGGAAGAAAAACCCACGGUGAUAGUUGCAUCUGGAGUAGCAGGAAGCAGUAAGGUGAAGCAAGAAAAAUCAACGACAGCAUUAGCAGUGACGCCAGCCGGAAAAAGGACAAAGAAGCAGAGACAGGCACCAAAUCGUGAAAAACUGAAAGCAACUAUUAAAGAAAUGGAUGGGAAGAGGUUAGCGCGAUUGAAUACUAUAGAGAAUAUCAACAAAGAGCUCGAGGCAGAUGCCAAAAUGGGAUACAAAUGGAGCAGCGGACCAGGGUUGAUCAAUGGGAAAGUGCGAUGGGCCUAUAGGGACCAAAUCCAAAAGAAAAUGGCAAGAAUAUUAACACAGCUGCUGUGGAAUCUGAAGAGGAUGAACGUGGAAGAAGACAAAGCAGCGACAUGGAAAAUACCAAUAUUCCAUUUUCAUUGCAGAUCGAAAGGGACAGAAAUCAAAAUCAUAUGGGACGAAGACCAUCCAUUGCACCUGGUAGAUGUGAACCUAAGCAUAAGGAUCAGCAGCCUCAGAAGUGGAAGACGGUACCACGAAAGGUAUAUUAGAAUUGAAAAGGGGGAAGUGGGGAACAAGCUGAGAGCUCGAGACAUACUGCAACAAUGGGAAAUUGACAAUGUAAAUCUGACAGUACUAUGCCUGAACUACAUUGAAGCAGGUGUAAGGACACCAAUUAUCAGUGUACUUGGCUUAAUUGAGGACAAGCUCACUGAAAAUAAACGUAAAGAACACCCGAUACUAAUAGAAAACCUAAAAGCUUUUCUAGAUGUGGCUAAAUUGGGGCAAAGGAGCAAGGAAACAUAUUACUUGCAGGCAGCAUACCCUGACAACAGCCUAGCAGGGAAAGCCGUGACCGAGUUGUAUAUAGAUGAAGUUAUUGACAGUUUGAUGCCAAUUCUCACGGAAACUUUUCGGGUUGAAAUAGUAUUAGCGAAGGGAUUAGAACUAUUGAUACUACUUCCACCCAAAUAUGCCCACGAACUUCAAACAAUUGUUGAAGUAAAAAGUGCGAAAAUCAUUAAACCUUUUUUAUCAGAAAAGGAAAGGAGAUACAAUCUGGCAAAGUUUGCAAAGAAAACUUUGCUAAAAGAGGAAACCAUUGAAUUUGAUGACACCGAAAUAGGGAAGUCAGGAAUCAUCUUGAGAGAGGUUAGCACGAAAAUUGAGGUAGGAAAUCAUGAAAAGAUAUCAGGAAGAAAAGGAAAAAAAGGAAAAAAGGAGGAAAGAAAGAGAACUUUGUUAGAAGUGAAAAUCUUUAAGUUUGAUGACAGCCAAAUAGGGAUGUCAAAGAAAAUCUUUAGCGAAGAUAACAAGAAAGUUGAAGAAAUUAAGGUAGGAAAUCAUGAAAAGAUGACAGGAACAAAAGGAGAGAUGGGAGACAGGAAGAAGGCGAAAUUACAACGGAUGCGCCAGAGACAGAAGGAACGGAAGAAGCAAAAACAAAUCGAAAAAAAGAUCCAAUGUAGGAACGGGCGAUUAUAAGAUCAAGCGCCAGAAUAGGGUAUGUAAAGAAGAGAGAGAGAUAACAGUGUAGAGAGGAGAGUGCUUAACUAAGGAGAGAGACGCGAGACGAAAAGAACGAGAAUCGUUACAAAGAACAUGAUUGUAAUGAAGAGCAAUUAACAUACAACGCGCAGGAAAACUAUCCGAAAGUGAAUAAGGAGCACAGAAAAUGAAGUUAAUAGUGAAUUACCAGAAGCUGAAUUGAAGAAAAAACUGGUAAAACCAAUCUUUGGAAGAAAUCCGGCAUCAAAUUGGCCCUGGAGGUCGAGCAGUGCAUAGAAGAGUGAUGACACCCCGAAGUGCUACAACGAAGUUGAACCCUUUGUCUGUAAAGGUUUUUUGGUACCUCCCACCUACUACACUGGAUUUUUAAAGUCCGACCGUUUUUUGUUUUCACUACAUUAGCUUAAUGAAUUAAAAAAAAAAAAAAUCACUAAUGCCUGCGUCCUGAAUAUAUAAACCAUAAAAUUGUGGAAAUUGUUUUUUGGCCUUUAUUUUUUAUUAAAAAAUGGAGCAGUUACGUAAAAACUGGUGAUUUACUCAAAAAAAUACCAUAACUUCCGAAAAAUUAAGAUGUCUUAUCUUUAAAAGCGGUAAUUAUAAAAGA